AGUCCUCACUGCACCAAAUCAGAGUCCCCUAUCUUCACUGCCAGGCGCCACCAACAGUUGCAAUCCGGUUUUGCGCAGCCGUCACUAUCGUAUGCAGGUGGUCCCUUGGAUGACGCAGCUGCCAGUGAAGAAUACAUUCAUCGAGGUGAGGACGCACGAUCCGAUCAUCGUGCGACCUCGAGCACAGACUGCAGAAGUCGUACCAAGCUCAUCCUACUUGGCCAGCUCAGUGGAGAUUGCCCCUGCCAUUGCCCCUACCCUUGCUCCUGCCCCCGUCCCUGUCACUGGCGUGCCAGCGGUCACUGUGGACUCCAAAGUCCGGGCAGCUCCAGGUUCUGCCGCAUGCAUUGUGUCCAGUGUUGAUUCGACGGGUAGGAGGUGCUCCGUCGCAAGAACUCCAGAUGUCUUGUAUGCGCGCACACCGGUGGGGUCCAUUGUUGCCGAGCCACCUUUUGCUUUUGCUUUGCCACAGGCGAUGGAUGACCAUGGGAGGCGCAGGACCAGCACUUUUGGUACAGAAGCGGCAAGAGUGCAAACUGGACACUCCUCGGCAACGCGCAGAAGCUCUUUGGAGACUAUCCCCGCAACGCCGGACUUCCACUAUAGCUGGCCUCCACCGUAUGCACCUCCACCUGUGGUCAUGGCAGGCGCUGUCCCUGAAGGUUCGACUCAGGCUGCCCCAACUAUGCCUCAACUGGCGCAUGGCAUGCCGAUUCUUCAGUGUCCACCAUCCCAGUGCCAGAUCCAAAUGCCCUUGCAAUCAGCACAUCCAGACUCGGCGUACAAACAGGUGGCUCAAACAGUGAGCGCCCAAUACCCGUCCCUGGCACAUCAAUUUGCCCAUCCGCCAGUCCCACUGGGAAGCAGCGUGCCUUUGCCAACACAGUGGGAUGCACCAAUGCAAUUCAUCCCCCAGAGCCUCCCUCCGCAGAUUGGGCAAGAACUUCCUGGAAAGCCUUUGCACAAGGCGACCGGGUGGCAACCACAGCCUGGUAAAUUCCAGCCAGGACCUGUUCCUCAACAGGUCCUCGUUUUGUCCAACUUCUUGCAGGAGGCGCCUCGGAAGCUGGAAGCACAGCUACCCGCGGAGACCGCGGAUAUCGCACAAGUUCAAGCUCCUCAGGGCAUCACCACGUUGAUGCUGCGCAACAUUCCGGUGACGUUCAAUCGCGAAUCCCUACUGGCAGAUUUUGAUGCCAGAGGCUUCAGAGGAAAAUAUGAUUUUUUUUACUUGCCCAUCGACUUCCAGACAGAUAACAAUCUUGGGUACGCAUUCAUCAAUUUGGGUACACCCAUCUAUGCGGAGCAAUUCCGCUCUACUUAUCAGGGCUUAGCACUCGCUGGAGAUCGGAGCAAGAAGAUUUGCGCUGUUGCUCCUGCAACUACGCAGGGAAGGGCAGCCAACGUCGAGUACUAUCGGAACAGCAAUGUUAUGAGCAUGGAGGACAAGUACCAGCCACUUGUCUUCGAGAAUGGGGUGCGAGCACCAUUUCCAUCACCAACGAAGGCAGUGAAACCCAUCCGCUAUCGAGAAAGCAGGGGCGUCGUCCCUGAAUAAUUCUGAAGGUGUCCUGGCAGGCUGCAAACGCAUCCUUCGGCGCAACUUCGAAUCCGCCUUGUUGGGGCGCUUGUGAGUAGCUUUUUUGUGAGUUGGUUGGCAAGGGGCCAGUCCAAUUCACUGCUUAAGUCACGUCACACUUGCGCUGAAGAGGAGAGCACUGCAAAUCACUGGAAUUGUUGUGGGCGAGCAGCCUCUCUUCCAGUCCAAUAAGACUUCAAUAAGAUCUUAAUUUUCUUUGCUGUAGUUUCACAGAUAUUGUCACAGCCGCACAUCAAAGUCCUCCGGGUGACCGGGUGUGUG